AGGUAACAUACCGUACGAUCUCAGUAGGAUUUCAUGCGGUCAACUAACUGACUACAUGACUAAUGAGAUCCGGAGAUGGUAAACACAUAAAUGGGAUUAAUGCAGUUUAAUGACUUGAAUUGUAGCUGAAAAUGUUUUAGUACCAGACACUGUGUAACAGGAUCUAACUCAACUUUAUAACCUGAUAACCCUAACUCCGCAGAAUGGAUUACCAAGAUUAUCGGCAACAUAGUCGGUCUCCCACCAGACGGUCUCCAACAAGGAAUUCUGGUGCAUAUAACAUGGAUAGAAAUGCGAUAAUAUCCAAAUUAAGAGCAGAGCUGACACAUUGCAGAAAAUCACUUCAGGAUGCAAUGGAUAAUGUCACAAUGAAGGAUUCAAAAAUAGACCAAUUGAAAGUCACCGUGGCUUCCUUCGAAAAAGACCUCACUAUGCGUAAUGAGGAAAAGGCAGAAGCUGAACGAACCAUUGUAAUGCUGCAACAAAAGCAGCAAAAAGACUCUGAAAAUCACUCUGUCACCGAAGAGGAGAUAAGAGAACUUCGUAAAGAUAAUUCACGAUUAAAUCUUCGAAAUAAAAAACUUGACGAUGAGGUAUCGACACUUCAAGCAAUUAUCAAUGAUAGUAGAUACACAAACCAAGAACAUAGUGCAGCUUUGAAAAAUGAAUUAUCACGCAAAGAUGAAGCUCUCGCGACUUUGCGUCGCGAUUGUGAAUCUUUACAAAAAGAAAAUGAAGAUUUUCAUUCACGAAUCAAAGAAUGCGAAUCUGAGAAUGAUAAGAUCUGCCUUGAGCGUGAGGCGCUGAAAAAGGAAUUAGCUGACCAGAAAUCUCAUCUGAAUUUUCUGGAAAAAGAAGUAAAAGAAUCCAGAGUGAGUUUAAUUCAAGCGAAGACUAAUAAUGAUGUUAUCAAAAAGGAGUUGCAACUUGCGAACAAUACAAAAAAGAAUGAACUGUUAGACUUGCAAUCGAAUUUUGAAAAUGUAAAUCAAGAAAUAAAAAUGCUUUCUGCUAAACUUGAGAAAGCUCAGCAUGAAGCACGAGAAUAUCAAGAAAAAUUCAAAUCGACGAAUGAACUGCUAGAUUCAACUCAAAAACAAAUGUCUGAUCUCAAUGAAGCACUUAGUAAAAGAGAAAAUACUAUUCUUGAACUUGAAGGCAAUCUACUUCAAGCUCAAGAAGAGGUUCGCAAGUCUUCAGAUGAGACAUUCAGGCGUGAUAAAGCUGUUCAGCUUUUAGAAAUGAACUUGGAAAAAAGCAAAAACAUGUAUAAAGACCAAAUGGAAGAAAAUGGAAAAUUACAGGCUCGAUUACAAGCAUUUCAAAUUACUACUGAAAGUGAAAAAGAUGUUCUUGGUAGUGAAGUUGCUCGUAAAGAUGAAUUGAUUCACAGAAUGAAAUUAGAACAAAUGUCUCUGGAAGACAAAUUAAAAAACCUUGAUGACAAAUACACAACAAAUGAAAAAUUGAAAUCACAGCUGCAAAAUCAACAUUCUGUAGCAUUGGGAGAAAUUCAUGCUCGUGAUGACACUAUACGUGAUUUACAAUCUCAGCUGAAAAAUAUUCAGAAACUUCAUGUUGAAGCAGAAGGGGAAGGAGUAUCUUUGAAAGAUGCAAUCAAGCAACAAGAAAUUGAAAUGAAGCAUUUGAAAGAUUCCUCUGAUUCUGCUAAUAAAACAAUUGAACUUAAAAAUGAAAUUAUACAAGAACAGAGAAAAGAUAUUGGAAACUUACAGUCUCAACAAAAAGAGCUUGUCAGAAGACUUUCAAAUAGAGAUGAAAUGCUGCACAAAGUAACUGUGGAAGCAACUAAACUCAAAGAUAAAUACAGAGCUAUGGUAACCACCUCAGACCAAAAUUCUGAUACUAUUCGGAUUUUGGAAGAUGAACUUGCUAAAGCUAGAGUGGAUUUCAAUGAAACACAAAGAUUUGGUGAUGAUGAGGUUUUGAAACGCGAACAAUUAAUAUCAGAGCUUGAAAGAGAUUUGCAAACUCAACAACAAAGAUACCAAGCUUGUUAUCAAGAACUACUUAAACAAGAAGAAACUGUGGCCAGACUACGUGAAGACGCAGCGAAGCGAUCUGAGAAAAUUCUAACUGAUAGCAAAGAAUUAACAAGCCUAAGGGAGUUCAAACAUAAAAUGGAGUUAGAUUCUGUUGUCCUUGCAGAAAAACAUAAAACAGCCCAGGAAGAAGUAUCCAGUAAAGAUCAACAAAUUUUAAAAUUUAAAAAUGAAAUUAAUACUCUAAGAAAAAGGCAUGAUGGAAUGCAAGAAGAAGUCCAAGCAUUCGAAAAUGAAAUUGAAAAAUUGAACACAAAUGUACGGCAACUUACAUCCGAAAAUAGGGAGUUGAAAAAUUCAAAUGAUCAGAAAUAUGCACAAGCAAAACAAGAUAAAAGUGAUAUUUUGGAUUUGAAGAAAAAAUUUUCCAAUUGUGAACAAGAACUUAGAGUUCAGACAAAAUCAUGCGAGCACUUGAGACAAGAACUCGAAACAACUAAACGAGAUCUUCUCGCUGAUGCCAAAACUUCACAUGACGAAGCUGAAAAGGUGAAUCAAGAAUUACACAAUUUACAAAUUGCAUUGAAGGAUACUGAAUAUGAAGCUGAUACUAGUAAACAGCAGGUUGAACGUUUACAAAGUGAACUGGAUGAUGCAAGAAGGGAUCACCAAAAUGCUCUGGAGGAAAUUGUAAAGUACGAGGAUGCAGUAAGAGAAAAAGAAGAUGAAGCUUGUGGUAUGAGAAGGCAGAUUGCAAGCGCUGAAGAUGAAGCGGCAAAUCUUAAAACGGCUCUUGAAAAUGUAACACAGCAGUUGAACGCUAUAAGAAUUAAAUAUGAAGAAACCAUAGGUAAACUGAGUGACACAGAGAAAGACUUGCAAGGCAUUGAAUGGAGACUUGAAAUAGCAUCAUCUGAGGUUGGUCAGAAGGAUGAUCUCAUUAAAAGAUUAAAAGCUGACUUGACCAAUGUGCAAGAAGAAAACAAUGAAAAAAGACAGCAAGUUUCAACAUGUGAAGACGUGAUUGAACAGCUCACCAUAGAAUUACAAAAAACGCAAGAUGAAUUGCAUGCAAUCAAACAAGAGUUAGAUCUUCAUGAUGACACAUCAGCUAAUUUAAAAAGACGAUUAGCAAAUAAGCAGGAUGAAUUGCUACGAGCUGAAGAAGAAAUUCACAAGGUUAGAAUUGAGAUGGAAGAUUAUCAAUCUACCCAUUUUCAUCACAAUGAAAGUGUUGCUGAAAAACAUGAGAGAAUGAACUGCAUGGAAAGAGAAAUUGUUGAGCUUCAAGGAGAGAUUGCUGAAAAGCAACAGCAAAUAGAUGAUCAUAACAAAGCAUCUCAUGAACUGAAGGCUCAAGUUGCAGCAAUGAAUGAACAGAAAAGUAAUUCUGCGGAUGAGAUCAAAAGACUUGAGAAAAGUCUCGAUGAAAUUCAGAAUCAAAUUGAAAAAGAUGAACAAAAAUGGAAAGAUGAAAAAGAAGAUGAGAGUGCGAAAGUUUCUGCUGUAACAAGACAACUUAAUCAAGAAAAAAUGGCUAAUGAGCGUUACAGGCAAGAAAUAUCUCAGAGAGAUUGUCUCAUUGAUAAAAUGAAAAAUGAAUCUGCAUCAUGCCGUGAUAACCUCGGAAGAAAAAACAAUGAAAUUGAAGGAUUAGAGGAAAACUGCAAUCAAUUACGAGUACAACUUGAUAGAGCCACCAGAGAUAAAGAAGAUCUUGAAUCUCGUAGACAGGAAGAAGCUAAGGAAACGGACGGCUUGGUACGUAGUUUAGAAGAAACUAGAUCAAGAUAUAGAGAUUGUGCACAAGAACUGGCUCACCAUGAAGAGAAAGUCAUUCUGAUGGAGCAAAGUCUGUCAUCAACUCAGGAAGAUCUAGCUGACAAAGUAACACAAUUGGCACAGGCUGAGAAUCUCAUAAAGAGACUCAAAACAGAACUGAAACAGAAACGUGAGAACUGUAAAGCUGCUACUGAAGCUAGUGAAGAAAAGGAUAGAACUAUUAACAAACUGAAAUUGGAUCUUGAUGAAGCUAAACAAGUGCAAACUAGCAUCACAGAAGAAAACUUAAGACAACAUGAGGCGGCAAGAAGACUUGAAGAAGAUGCGGUUGAUGCAAAAGCCAGACUAAGGAAUCUCCAACAUCAAGUGAAGGAGAAAGAUUCAGCUUUCAGAACUCUACAGCAAUCACUAGAAAAUGAGAAGAAGCAUAAGCAAGAAUUGUCAGAUGAAAUUCUGAAAUUAAAAAGUCAAAUGUCUGAUCUUCGUUCUUCGUCUGAUGGGAUUGAACGCCAGAAAUGUGAUACCCAGCAACAAUUACGUGACUCACAGAACCAUGUCCUUCGAUUGCAAGAUUCCUUGAGUGACGCAGAACAAAAGCUCAAAUUGGCAAAGGAGUCAUUACAAGAAAAGGACUUUGUCAUAAAUGAGCAAACUUGUGAAAUGGAAGCCAUGAAAAUGCAAAAUAAACUUCAUGCAAAAGAGGUUGAACGAUAUGAAGAAAAUAUGACCUUAUUGCAAAAGGAUCUUGAGGCCUCCCAAGAACAAUAUAAGGAUUGUCAUAGACAGUUUUUAGAAGUUACUCAGAAAUUACAUGAUCUUAAUAUGCAGGUAUCAACUGCUGAAGGAACACAGAAGGAAUCAUUGGAUCAGUUAGGUCAAAGUUGUAAGAAGAAUGCAUCUUUGAAAGCUGAGCUACAAAAAGUUUGGCUCGAUAAUCAAUCUUUGGCUCAAGAAGUAGCAGUAUAUGAAGAAAAACUGCAAAAGCUUCGAGCAGAGCUUAAAAAGGUUAACAGUCUUCACAAACAAUUAGAAAAAGAGGCAUCAAAAUAUGAAGAGCUAUUGAAAGAUAUCAAUGAAGAGUUUUCCAUAACACAAGAAAAACACAGACAAGCUGUUUCGGAAUUGGCUAAAAAGGAAGAGCAACUUGUUGUGGUUAAAGUUGAGUUUUCUACUUUACAAGAUAAGUUUCAUAAAUAUGCACAAGAAAAUGCUUCUCUGAAAUCCCAUUUAGAUCUUCUACAAGAGAAACACGCUGUCGCUAGUCAUGAAGUUGAAGGUCUUGGCAAAUCUCUCGAAGAAGCAAGAGAAAACAACUCAAAACUUAGAAGCGAAAGUGAGACUGUUGUUGAAAAUGUCAAUUCUUGGGUACGGGAACAAAAGCAGACAAAUGAGCGCCUUGCUGCUCGUUUGCACGACCAAACAAAGGACCUAGCUCGUGUUAGUAGUGAGAGAGAUCAUUUGCAACAGCUUUCAAGACAACUUGAAGAUGAAGUUACUCGACUCAAGUCCACUGUUUCAACUCUCAGUACAGAUGCUGAUAAAAGCAAAGCUUUGCAAAGGCAUUCCGGAGAACAGCAAGCAUUCAUAAAACAACUUCGUGAUAGAUUAGCAGAAUGUGAAAAGGACCAAGAAAACAUUAUAGCAGAAAAGAAUAGUUCUUUGGAUGAUUUACAUCGACGAUUAAAACAAAACGUUGAUUCAAUACAGCAAUUAAAUCAGCAACUCAACAAUCUGAACAAAGAAAAUGUACGGCAAAGAAAUAUUGUUGAACAAGAAGUUGCAGCCAGACGAACAUUAGAAUCCCAAAUCGAAAGAAAAGAACAAACUAUUUUCCAACUUCAGGCUCAAUUAGAGGCUCGAAAUUUGCCUAGUACUUCCCCUGGUAAUGAUCGUAUGUUUGAUAGAGGGAUGUAUGGCAGCUUUCUUCAAAGAUAACACAUACAAGUAUAUGUUUUAAUACAGUAAUGACAUGACUUUUUAUGUUCAUCACUAUUACAGACUUCUUCAAAAAUUGUAUAAAAAUCCAUUUUGGCAACAUAAUGCUGUAUUUUCUUAUCUUUUUAUUAACAAUGCAUUUUGUACACAGUAAUCAAGCCUUUUAAUUUGUAAAAAAAACAUUGACAUUUUUUGGAUAAAUUUUUUUCAUAAAUUCAACCUGUUUUCCACUUCUGUUUUUAUCAUUUUGAUAAAAUAUUUGUGAAUUUAACAUCUAUGAUUUCCAAAUCCAAACUAAAUGUAUAUGAGCAGAUAUUCAAAUCCUGGAUGUAUUAUAAAACUGUACAUAUCUGAUAUGUGUUGUAUAAAAGUAUAUGCAUAUUUUAAAAUAUUUGUAUAACUUUAUUCCAGAUUUAGUUUUGAACUUUUAUUAAAAAAUUGUUGAUAGCUCAUCUUCAUGAAACCAAAUAUGUAAAACUUCAAUACGUUAUUUGCAGAUUUAUGAUUAAAUUAUUGUUAUUGAAUCAAUUGUAUUAUAUUAUUGUUAUCUUUCACUAUUGUAAAUAGCAAUAUGAAUUUGUUAAUAAUUGUUAAAUAAAUUGGCCAACACAUUGAAAGCACAUUUGUGAAAAUCAUGACGAAUCUUCCUAUGACAUUUAUUUUUGUUCUUAAAUUUUUGUAAUCAGUGAUAUUUAUGCUUCAUUUCUAUUCAUAUUUAGCACAAUAUUAUGAUAAAAAGUGUAUAUUUUAUAUAUUUGCUGCUAUUCAUAUAUUAGAUAUAGAAAUAUUAUUUUUGAAUCCACGGUACUACACUACUAUACUAUCACUGUAUUAUGCAAUUUUUGCAUUUCAGAGUUUUCAUUUAUGGUGUCUUUCUGGUUAUAGAAUUCUAAUAGACAAAUUUGUAUAUUUCGUUCAUUCAUUGUUUUUUUUAUUCUGGGGUACCCGUAAAUAUCUCAUGGAUAUUAUUACACAUCUUCCUCUCUUUGUAAUAAAAACUUUUUUAUAUUUCCAAAUAUGAUAUGUAUUUAAGAAUUUAAUGUUGUGUAGGUAUGAAUAAAACACUAUAUUUGAAACUUUACAACAGGGAUGUUGAACCAAUGACUUGCGGCUCGCAAAGUGACUCAUCAUGUUUUUUCGGUGACCCAUCAUAAAUUGAAUUAUUGCAUACUUUCAGUGAUAAAUACAUUUGCAGGAAGGCAGCCUUAGUUCAAUCUACCAGUAAUUGUAUUAAAUAAUGGAACGGAAAAUUUCCCCUUUGUUGAUGUUGCGUGAAUCCACGACCCACAUUUUUACUUAAAAAUCAUUGAAAAGGUUCAUCAUCCCUGCUAUGUAAUAAUGUAUGUUUCAAGCAUCUGAUCCCUUAAAAAAUCCUCAUACUUAAAAAAUUUUCUGCAAUUUGGAUUGUGAAAAUUACUUCCCCGCUUGUCUCAAGAUAUUGAAGUAGUAGCAAUUUACAACUGAGCCAUUCUACUAAUUUGAAUUAGAGAACAACGUAGUUUCAAUUUCAAAAAAAUGAUAAUUGAUUUGAGUUUGCUCGAAUAUUGUAACUAGGGUAUAUUCCACGGCACAUAGGUUAAAAUCCCAUUUUUUUCUCGGUUUGUCCAAAUUAGUUUGAAUGCAAUUUGUAAGUGGCUGUAACUAUUUUUUAUUCUUACUUUUUGGUUUUUGUUCGAUUUAAUUUAACGCUGUAGUAAAUUUUUGUACAUUAACCCAACUUACCGUAAUGAAUGACCAAAAAGUUUGUUCAAUUUUACUUAUUUUUUACUCAGUGGUUAAUUUCUUCAAUUGAUUUAUACUAUAAUACUCUUGCACUGUAGCUGAUUGAUAGAUAUUUCGUGUCUUCUAUGUUGUGUGUUGUCAUUAUGAAAUGUAUUUUUCUUUAGAUUUAG